AUGGGCUUCUGGAAGGCGAAGGUCGUGCCGAGGGUGAAGAAGCUGUUCGAGAAGGACAGCGCCAAGAAGGCGGCCGCCGCUGAGGCUUCCAAGAGCUUCGACGACUCCAAGGUGCCUUACCUCUCUCCUUUCUGCAUGCCCUUUCUCUCUCUACCUCCCGGUGUUGCACUGAGGACCUGAGUAAAUCUCUGGGCGUCUCUGCAGGAGGAGAUCGACAAGGAGUUCGAGGAGAAGAAGGAAGGACUCCAACCCAAGGUCCUGGAGAUCUAUGAAGCUUCCUCGGCUGAAGUGAAGGUCCGUCUCCUCACUCACUCACUCACUCACUCUCUCUCUCUCUCUAAGCCGAUCUCGGUGCCCUUUCGAACCCUUCACGGAUAUGAUCUGAGAAAGAGAACCCUCGUCAUUAUCUUCAUAAUCUCUCCCCUCCGUCGUCUCAAGCGUUGUUCUUGGGAUCACUUCAGACCGCGGUGAAGGAACGCACCGUCGCAGCAGUCAAGAAGCAAGGGACAGCGGUGAGCGCGUUCCUGGAAGAGCUUGUCAAAAUAGGUACGUUGUACGUUAUUUAACGAAGAAUGAAGCCUCACUUCUCGGCCGUCGGAAGGAGAUUAAGUCUCCAGCGGCUUGCUGCAGAGUUCCCGGGGGCCAAGGCGGUCAGCGAGGCCUCAGCCAAGUUCGGCCCGGCGCUCGUUCCGGGCCCGGUUUUCUUCCUGUUUGAGAAGGUCGCCGUCUUCCUCCCCGCGGAGGAGCCGAAGGCCCCCGCCGCCGAGGAAGCGCCGCCUGCUCCGGCUGCACCGGCGGAGGAGAGCAGCACCAAGGAGAAGGAAGCGGCGGUGGAAGAAGUGAAGGAGGAGGAGGAGAAGGCUCCUGCUCCUGAGGCGGCGGCGCCGCCUCCUGCAGCCCCGGCGACAGUCCCGGAACCGGCGAAGGAGGCGGAACCAGCAGAUCCCCCGCCGAAGGCUUGA